AUGGCAGCGGCGCCGCCACCACUCGGCACGCUCGAUGUCGCCAUCAUCCCAGUGCUGUCUGACAACUACAUCUGGCUGCUGCGGGAGCCGGCCAGCGGCCGCACCGCGGCGGUUGACCCUGCACUGGCACCCCCUGUAAUUGCAGAGUUGGAAAAGCGGGGCUGGGGCGAGCUGCAUUAUAUUUUGAACACGCACCACCACCUCGACCACACCAGCGGGAACCUCGACCUCAAAAAGGCGUUUCCAGGCCUCAAGGUCGUCGGCCCCAGGGCGGACCACCGCCGCAUCCCCGGGAUCGACGUCCAGCUGGGGGACGGCGACGCGUGGCAGUUUGGCGGCCUCGAGAUGCGUGUGUUUGACACGCCUGGCCACACGCGCGGCCACAUUGCCCUGUGGUUCCCUCGGGCGGAGGCGCUGUUCCCUGGCGACACACUCUUCUCUAUUGGCUGUGGCAUGCUGUUUGAGGGCGACCCAAAGACCAUGUGGGGCUCCCUGUCAAAGCUGGCAUCACUGCCAAAGGAGACCAGGGUGUACUGCGCCCACGAGUACACCGCGUCAAACGCAAACUUUGCGGCGGGGAUCAACCCCGCCAACACCGCGCUAUUGGAACGCAAGGCACGCGUGGAGGAGGCCCGCGCCAGGGGCGAGCCCACCCUGCCCAGCCUGCUGGGCGACGAGCUGGCGGUCAACCCCUUCCUGCGGCCCCACGACCCCGAGAUCCGUGCGGCCGUCGGCCUUCCGCCGGGCGCGGCAGACUGGGAGGUAUUCGGCGCGGUGCGGCGCGCCAAGGACGGGCCGCGGGGGCGGUUCAUGCUGGCGUUCUACGCGGUCUGGGACAGGCUGCCUGCGCCUCUGGGGCGCGCGAUCGCGGCGCUUUUCUGA